AAUGCAGUCCAACUAUUUUAAAGCCGCCUAUGAACGCAUCUGAGUACGGAAGUGCACGUCAAAUAUGCUACAUCAAGCUCAUGAAAAUGAUACCGAAAGUAACUUGAACUUGCUAAAACUCUGCUCAAGUUCGAAAACAAUCAGGCAUUGUAAAAAAUCAAAAUGGCAAAUCGUACAGAUGAUAUAAUGAAACUCUGCUGUGAAAUCUCGGCAAAUAAGAAGAUUAAAGCAGCAUUUAAAAACUCCGCGAAAGGAGCCGUCGUUGCAGGAGGAACUGCUUUUUUUGGAGGGCUGCUCGGUGGUCCUGCCGGGAUAGCUGUUGGUGCUGCUGUAGGGGGUGCUCUGGGCGGAUGGAUGACCAGCGGGCAGUUCAAACCUCUUCCUGAGAUCCUCAUGGAAAUGAGUCCUAAACAGCAGGAGCAACUGUACUCCGAUGUCAUGGCCAUAGUGGGUACACUGAAAUGGACUGAGGUUGUGCAGCUGAUUGCUCAAGUUAAUGGGAACGCCUCACUACAUGAGCAGGUGCUGGGUGCUGUACUUAAUUUUACUAAAAACCAACUCAAAGCUGAAGUGAAGUAUGAAGACUGACAGCUGGAGAGGGUGAAUAUUACUGGUUUAGUUUCGGUAAUUUAUUUUUUACAGAACUAGAUGGACGAGUUGCUACUAUAUUUUGCAUUUUGCUGAUGAGAAGGCUAACGAUACACUGCAACUUUUUGAUCUAUUUGCCGGUAGUACUGUUCUUUGUGCACUUUCCAAUUGAAGAUCGGUUAUACAAGAAGAUGGUUUCUGGAUACUCUAGAUUGGUCGUGGGACCUGUGUCUCACCUGGUUGGCGGCUGAUAGCAACAUUGCUCAGAAAGUUGCCCCCUGUACAAUCAGCCUUUCUGUCAUAUAUCUGACUUUUCAAUAAAACACUAUGACUUAAGAAGUAAUAAAGUGGAACUUGUAAAAAAUAUUGGACCUACAUGUUUAGACCAGACAUUUUACAUAUCAGAAAAAAUAGACAUGAUCAUAAAUGAUUCAAAGCAGAUGUUUUCAUCAUCCUUUUAAUUGGUCAAUGCAAAAUGUAUAAUGUAGGCAUCACUGCGUGUUGACA